AUGGCUGCACGAAGUGGAGCAGCAACGUCGACAUCGUCGUCGUCGGGGCUGGUGCCUGUGCGGGCACUGCUGUUUGUGCUGGUAGGAGCAGUGGCAGCUGCGCUGUUGAUGGCCGUGUUUGUGUCCCAACCUUCACAGGAUCUGCAGAGCUCGAAACGAAGAUGGCCAAUGGACGACGAUGCCAUGCUCAUGAGCGGGCCCUGCCCGUGCCCGCCAUGCGCCGUGUGCCCGUUCACCGUCCUGGACCAGGCCGAAGGCGUCAGCAAAGGCGAGAUGCGCGACGUGCUUGGGAGUGACGAAGACGCGGGAGCAUUGCUAACACGAGAAGACGAGCCACGGGCAUCGACAGACUUCGCGGAGACUCAGGGAGAAGAGGAAGGUGCAACGCAGCAGCACUGCACGGAGCUCGACAUUCGCGCUGGCCCCGCCAUGGACCGGAUGUUUGAGGACACCAUCACAGUGGACAUGACCUACACGAUGAACAUCUCUCCCUCCCACUGGCUGCCCAAGAAGGCGUCGUACAACGCCGCCAUGCAAGCGCUGCACGGCGAAGACGUCUGGGCAGAUCCGAAGCUGCCGGAGAUGCUGAAGCUGUUGGAGAUUGACACAAAGCCGGAGGACAUCUUUGGCAGCACGCUGGAGCUCGGCAUGCUUGAGAACCUGAUCACCACGAUCAAGCCGCGGCUGCUGGUGGAGGUGGGCGUCUUUCGCGGGUCAACCUCCAUCAAGAUGGCCCAGCUCUUGGACAGGAAGCCCGAGCUCAAGGAGAGCUUCAUCAUCUCCAUCGACACGUGGCUGCUCGACCUCCGCUUCGUGUGGUCGGCGCCGACAAAGGAGGGAGCUGCAACGGGCACGCAGACGCGCUACUUCAAGAACGUGUACAUUGGUGGCGCCUCCCACAUGUACUACAUCUUCCUCAGCAACGUGCUGUUCACGCGCACGCAGCACCGCAUCAUCCCCUUGCAGACGGCGUCAUCAAACGGAGCCAUGGCGCUGAUUGCACACCGCCUCCGACCAGACUUGAUCUACCUUGAUGCAUCACACGCGAACCCAGACGUGUUUGUCGACCUGGAGCACUACUACAACGUGCUUGCCCCUGGCGGCGCCCUGGCAAUGGAUGAUUAUGAGGUGGCGGCAGUGCAGACGGCUGUUGAUGCGCUCGUGCGCAAGCAUGGGCUUGAGUUGCAGUUAUUCAACAAGGGCACGCAGGCUGACUUUGCCCCCUUUGAGCAGCUGUGA